AUGAGCGGCCUUCUGUCACGCCUGGACCCACGGCGGGUGCCAUGGGGGGCUGCAGGCCAUGCCCUGCGCUCCCGCGUCCUGCGCACCAAGCCUGUGGAGUCAAUGCUGGAGGGCACGGGGACAGCAGGAGGCCAGGGCGCACGGCUGGCCAAGGUCCUCACCACGCUCGACCUCAUCUCCCUUGGUGUUGGCAGCUGUGUGGGCACAGGUAUGUACGUGGUGUCCGGCCUGGUGGCCAAGGAGAUGGCAGGGCCUGGCGUCAUCGUGUCCUUCAUCAUCGCUGCCGUCGCCUCCAUCUUGUCAGGCGUUUGCUACGCUGAGUUUGGUGUGCGGGUCCCCAAGACCACGGGCUCUGCCUACACCUACAGCUACGUGACAGUGGGGGAAUUUGUGGCAUUCUUCAUUGGCUGGAACCUCAUCCUGGAGUACCUGAUUGGCACGGCCGCGGGUGCCAGUGCCCUCAGCAGCAUGUUUGACUCACUGGCCAACCACACCAUCAGCCGCUGGAUGAUCAGCAGCGUCGGGACGCUGAACGGGCUGGGGAAAGGAGAGGAGUCAUACCCUGACCUUCUUGCUCUAGUCAUCGCCAUCAUUGUCACCAUCAUCGUGGCCAUGGGUGUGAAGAACUCAGUGGGACUGAACAACGUGCUCAAUGUGAUUAACCUGAUAGUCUGGGUCUUCAUUAUGAUUGCCGGGCUCUUCUUCAUCAAAAGCGACAACUGGUCUGAAGGGCAGUUCCUGCCGUUCGGAUGGCCGGGGGUGCUCAAAGGGGCUGCGACGUGUUUCUAUGCCUUCAUUGGCUUCGACAUCAUUGCUACCACAGGAGAAGAAGCAAAGAGCCCCAACACCUCCAUCCCCUACGCCAUCACAGCCUCACUCGUUGCGUGCUUGACAGCAUACGUGUCCGUAAGCAUCAUCCUCACACUGAUGGUGCCAUACGAUGCCAUCGACACUGAGUCCCCACUGAUGGAAAUGUUUGUGGCACGUGGCUUCUAUGCAGCCAAGUUCAUCGUUGCCAUUGGGUCUGUGGCCGGCCUGACCGUCAGCUUGCUGGGCUCUCUAUUCCCAAUGCCAAGAGUCAUCUACGCCAUGGCCGGCGAUGGGCUACUCUUCAGGUUUUUGUCCCACGUCAGCUCUUACACAGAAACGCCAGUAGUAGCUUGUAUAGUCUCUGGGUUUCUUGCGGCACUGCUCUCCUUGCUGGUCAGCCUGCGGGACCUGAUAGAGAUGAUGUCCAUUGGCACACUGCUUGCCUACACACUGGUGUCUGUCUGUGUCUUGCUCCUCCGGUACCAGCCCGAGAGUGACAUCGAUGGCUUUGUCAAGUUCCUCUCUGAGGAGCACACCAAAAAGAAAGAGGGCAUCCUGGCUGACUGUGAGAAGGAAGCUUGCUCCCCAGGCAGCGAAGGAGAGGAGUUCACAGGCCCACCAACCAACACGUGUGGGGCAAAAAACCUUCCAUCGCUGGGGGACAACGAGAUGCUCAUUGGGAAAUCUGAUAAAUCCACCUAUAACGUGAAUCACCCCAAUUACGGCACAGUCGACAUGACUUCAGGGAUCGAGGCGGACGAGUCUGAGAACAUCUACCUCAUCAAGCUGAAGAAGCUGAUCGGCCCUCGCUACUACACCAUGCGGAUCCACCUGGGGCUGCCGGGGAAGAUGGAUCGGCCCACAGCAGCCACCGGCCACACGGUCACCACCUGCGUGCUCCUGCUCUUCGUCCUGAUGUUCAUCUUCUGCUCCUUCAUUAUUUUUGGGUCAGACUACAUCUCUGAGCAGAGCUGGUGGGCCGUUCUCCUUGUUGUGCUGAUGAUCCUGCUCAUCAUCGUGCUGGUGUUUGUCAUCUUGCAGCAGCCAGAGAACCCCAAGAAGCUGCCCUACAUGGCACCCUGCCUUCCGUUCGUCCCCGCGUUCGCCAUGCUGGUGAAUAUCUAUCUCAUGCUGAAACUCUCCACAGUCACGUGGAUCCGAUUUGCUGUCUGGUGUUUUGUGGGUCUGCUCAUUUACUUUGGCUACGGGAUGUGGAACAGCACGCUGGAGAUCAGUGCCCGCGAGGAGGCCCUCCACCAGAGCACCUACCAGCGCUAUGAUGUGGACGUUGACCCUUUCUCAGUGGACGACGGCUUCUCCUACGCCACCGAGGGUGAGAGCUACCCAGACUGGGGCCCUCCCGAGGACAAGGGCUUCUCAUACCAGCAAAUGUCAGGAGCAAAGGAAAGCCAUCGGACGAGUAGCAGAUCGAAAAGCAAGGGCAGGCACAAACCGUCCUCAGAGGCCCUCAUCGCCAACGACGAGUUGGACUACUCACCUGAGUAGUGGGGCGAGCAGGGGGACGCCGUGCUGCCAGCCAGCCAGGAAGGGCCUGCGGCUUCCCUGCCCCGUCCUGUCCUCCACCACCACCCCCUCACCUCUGGUCCUCGGGUCACACGCCGCGACCGCUGCCGACCCCAAACCAAACCCACCCGAGGGCUUUGCCAGCUGAGUCCCAGCCAGGCAAUGCUGGAGCCCUGGUACCUGCCGAGCCCCACUUGGCGCCCAGUGGGAGAUGUGCCAAACUGAGGGGGCUCUGAGAGGUGGAAUGAUCCACGUGGGGGGACGAGAUGGUUUUCCCUCGGGAAAUAGUCACCCUGUGGCCACUCCUAUGUGUUUGGCACUUUCUUAGCACGUGUGCUUUUUCCUCUAACCACCCAGCAGUAAUAGCUUAACCAGAGGGACAGGCAGGUAGGACAUGAAAGUGAACCAGCUUCAUCCAAGGGGGUGGCUCAGCUCGGUUGGCCCCAUCACUUGGCGUUUUCAUGGCUGUUCCAGCACUAAGUGUAUGCAACAAGGCCAUGUUAUGAUGGUCCCCAGCCCCGAAUCCAAAAGUCGUAAAUACCAGGAUUCACUGUUAGACCAUGUCUUGCACUGCUCUAGACAGUCUCAAACAAAACCUGAAAUCCUGGCAUAGUCAAGCAUCCUGAAUCUGAGCUUGGCCUCAUUUCAGAUCACACCUGACCUAGACUUAUGCAAGCAGUCAGCAAACCCCACACAGUGUCCCUGAGAUUGAACUGGAUGCUGUUCCCACCAUUUUGUCUUUCCCAAAACAGCCAGCCCAUUGUCUGUGAACUGUUGUGGGCACAUCCCAGCACUCAUUCUGGCCUCCAUGUUAUUUCUAACCUUGGCUUGGUGGAUAAUGUGUGAAAAGAUUCAAAGAUGCUGCUUGUUCUAGAGACACUUCUAAUGUGAAACCAAAAGAAGUGACUGGGAGGGCUUCAGGAUGGGAGGGUUUGGUAAAAGGACCCGUUAAGCUUCACUCUGGACCCUCUCCUGCUGCCCAACCUUGCUACACUUCCACAAGCAGCAACCCAAGAGCAUCCCACCCAAAAGCCGCCACGAUGCACAUAAGCUCUACCAAUCCACUUGGGGAUCUGUCCUACACGCCUAUCCCCAGCAGUGCUGAAGCUCUCAUGAUGCUCACUUGUGCCCCGCUGCUCCCCUGAAGGAUGCUUUUGAGAUACCCAGGACAGAUGGCACCUGGCAGGUCUGGCUUUAUGUUUUCAGGGAGAAAGAUUGUUGCUGUUUUCCUACCAGCUCUCAAACUAAACCAUGGGGUGGUCAUCCUCGUCCCACUACCGCACGGUAUUUAGGCAUCUGCUGGGUAACAAACAUGUGCCCAAGUACCCUGCUGAUUCGAAGCCUGUUGUUCCUUUUGCAGCCUUAAUCUCUUGCUACAGAGCAGUUUGCAGUACCAGUGUGUGUUGUUGUGUCCACCUGAGUAUCAUUUGGCAAGAGCCUGCUCCCUUGCUCUUUGGCGUCUAGGCACCUGUCAUUGUAUCAGUGUGUUGAGUGGCGGUCUGGGGCUGCUGUGGUUCUCCUGCAGCCAUCCAACAUUCCUCGUUCCUUCUCCAUCUUUUCCCAUCCCUUCUUCAUCCUUUGCCCUUCUCCAUCUCCAUCCCAUCUUCAUCCAUUCCCAGGGAAGCAGGGAAGGAUGCCCACAACUCCAGGCCCACCAGCAGAGAUCAUUUGGGCAGCAUUGGCCUAGGGCCAGUUUGGGAUGCUGAAAGGGGCCAGGAAGCUGGCACAGGUGUUGCUGUAACCCAAAUACUUCUCCAUGCCCUAAAAGGAGAUUUUCACACAGCCACCACAUUACAGAACAGCAUUGCCAGCACCACCACUGUCCCACUCCAUGCCAGGAGCCAGCAUCCUGUUGCUGGAGCCCAAAGCAUGACCCAGAUGGAGCAGAAAUACCUCACAUCCCCCAGACCAACCCGGUGAGAUCUUGGUCCCUCUGCAGGUUGUGACCACAGCAGCACGACCCAGCACGCACCCUCUGCACAGCAGAGCUCACGCCCCGAGCGACGCCGGUGUCACAGCCCCAGCUUGUAAAUGAUCCUCACUCCUCUCGUUUUGUUUUUGGUCUUUCUGAUGUAGAUCUUGCUUUUUUUGCAGACGGUACUUUCUGGUGUAACAGUUCUCUGCAGUUCUGAUAUGAAAUUGGUGUAUUUGUUAAAAGAGUUUGUUAAAUUAUUUUAUUUAAUUCUAUUUUUGUCGUUUCCAGAAGCCCAUUGGUGCAUUGUACAAUGGGGUCUUGUAGUGUGUCAUGAGAAAGAAAAAAAUAUGCAGAUAUGUUAUGGAGUGAU